UUGUCACAGGGUUUCUGCGCCGGGCAGGGAGCGGAGAACCGCGCUGGGUCGCUGCGCGUGGCCCCCGGCCCUGAGCCUGCUUUCUGGAAUAAGAGUCCGCCGGCCGGGGUCGGUGAGCAGGCCUGGCGGGGUGCGGCCGAGGUCGUGCGGGGCGAGAGUUCCAGAGCUGGACUCCGGGCUGCGGGCGGGGGCCCGGACCGAGGGCUGAAUUCGCGUGGCGACCGGGCCGGCGGGCCCAGAGUUACAGACGCUGGAGUUAGGGGUUUGAGUCUCAGCUCCACCUCAGAUCAUCAGUCAUUAGAUUUUCAACUUAGAUCCUAUGCUUGUGCAGUUCAUACCAGGGUUUGUUGCUGCUAUGAAAAUUUAGUGCUGCUGCUGAUCUGACAAGAGAUGGACCUCAGGUCAUAAUGGAAUUAGCAGAUUAGACAAAACUAUUGAAAUAGAAGAGUCUCCCAAGUUCAGGAGCGAGUUUGGAAUGACUGCAAAGAGGCGGAAUGAGGGAGCUUCUUGAGAUGGUGGAAAUAUACGAUUGUGGUACCACUUGAACAACUGUGAAUUUACUAAAACUUGUUGGUGCCACUCACUAAAGCUAAAAAUUCUGCAGUGUAUUUGUGCUCAUCUAAGAAGUAUUUUUCCCCCGGAAGCUUCAAGAUGGAUGAUAAUUUGGAUAAAUUUAUUGAAGAGCGUAAAGCCAAAUUGGCCAAAGACAAAGCAGAACUGGAACAUGACCCUCCUUACAUGGAAAUGAAGGGAAAGACAUCAGAGAAGCUUUCUGAAAAUAGUAAAUUAUUAAUCUCCAUGGCUAAGGAAAAUAUUCCACCAAACAGUCAACAGACAAAGGGGUCUUUAGGAAUUGAUUAUGGGUUAAGUUUACCACUUGGAGAAGACUACGAACGGAAGAAACAUAAAUUAAAAGAAGAAUUGCGGCAAGAUUAUAGACGCUAUCUUACUCAGGGCAUUACACAAGCAAAGAGAAAGAAAAAUUUUCUAUCCACGGGGGAAACAGAUCCAUCUACUCUGGGAGUUUCACUUCCUAUUGGUGAGAGGUUAUCUGCCAAGGAAAGGUUGAAACUUGAACGAAACAAAGAAUAUAAUCAGUUUCUCAGGGGUAAGGAAGAAUCCAGUGAAAAGUUCAAACAGGUAGAAAAGAGCACUGAGCCCAAGAGUCAAAGAAAUAAGCAUCCUGUUAGUCAAGUUAAAUCUGAUUUACCUCCACAAAUACAAACAUCUUGCACAAAUUCAGAAGAUCCCAGGAGGUAUGUCUUAACUCCUUCAGAGACCUAUGAAGAGCUUCUAAACCGAAGGCGACUAGAAGAGGACAGAUACCGACAGCUGGAUGAUGAAAUUGAAUUAAGGAAUAAAAGAAUCACUAAAAAAACCAAUGAGGAAGUGGGUAUUUCCAAUACAAAACAUCAAAGGUUUGCCAGCAAGGCUGGUGUUUCAGAAAGAAGAUUUUACAGAUUUGAUGAAGAUCCUGUUUUUGAUAGACAGUAUUGUAAACCAGACAAAGAUCGUGAAGUAAGUGAAGAAAUGGAUGAAAGGUUUAGAUAUGAAAGUGAUUUUGAUAGAAGACUUUUGAGAGUAUAUAAAAAUGACAGUGCUCAAGACAAUGAACCAUCCAAAUCUAAUAGAGAAAUCUGUAGUCCUUUUGCAGGGAUGCUUUUUGGAGGCGAAGAUCGAGAACUUACUCAGAGAAGGAAAGAGAAAUAUAGACUAGAACUAUUGGAACAAAUGGCUGAACAACAGAAAAAUAAGAGACGAGAAAAAGAUUUAGAACUCAGAGUUGCAGCUUCUGGAGUACAAGACCCUGAGAAAUCGCCUGAUAGACUAAAGCAGUUUAGUGUGACAUCAAGACAAUUUGGAGAGAUGACACCACCUGAAAGACCCAGAGUAGCUUUCCAGACUCCUCUCCCUCCUUUAUCUACUCCUUCUGUCCCACCCAUUCCAUCAAUUCACUCCGCCCCUUCUCAAAAUGAAGAUUUGCACAAUGGACUCAGCAGCACUCUUGGUGAAAUGCUGCCUCCCAGGAUUGCCCCUCUGCCUCCACCUCCCGUACUACCACCUCUGACUACUAACUAUCGAACUCCUUAUGAUGAUGCAUACUAUUUUUAUGGUGCCAGAAAUACUUUGGACCCUAGUCUUGCCUAUUAUGGUUCAGGAAUAUUGGGAGUACAGCCUGCAGCUUAUGCUAGUGCUCCUGUUACCCACCAGCUAGCACAACCCAUGGUGAAUACAGUUGGACAAAAUGAACUGAAAAUUGCAAGUGACCCAGUGGUAAAUUCAGGACUGAUUUUUGAAGAUAAGCCAAAACCUUGUAAACAGUCUCUUCAGUCUUACCAAGAGGCUUUGCAGCAGCAGAUUCAGGAAAGAGAAGAAAGAAGGAAGAAAGAACGUGAAGAAAAAGAAAAAUAUGAAGCUAAACUGGAAGCUGAAAUGAAAAUUUACAACCCUUGGGGAAAAAGUGGAGGUGGUGCUCCUUUGAAGGAUGCAAGUGGAAAUUUGAUAACUGAUUUGAAUAGGAUGCACAAACAAAAUAUAGAUGCCUACCAUAACCCAGAUGCAAGAACAUAUGAAGAUAAAAGGGCUGUUGUAUCUCUAGACCAAAAUUUAGCCACUUCAAAUGCUGAGAACCUAGAAGAUUCUGCAAAUAACAACUCAGGCCACGUGCAAACACAGAGCUCUCCUUUUGCUCGGGGAAAUAUAUUUGCUGAGCCUCCAACUGAACUUCAGAUUAAACAGCAAGAAUUAUACAAGAAUUUUCUUCGUUUUCAGAUUGAGGAAAAAAAACAAAGAGAAGAAGCAGAGCGAGAAAGACUGAGAAUUGAAGAAGAAAAAGAAGAAAAACGGCUUGCAGAACAGAGAGCACGAAUUCAGCAAGAGUAUGAAGAAGAACAGGAGAAGAAAAGGGAGAAGGAGGAGGAGCAAAGAUUAAAAAAUGAAGAGCUCAUUCGGUUAGCUGAAGAAAGGCGAAAAGAAGUAGAAAGAAAGAAGAGAGAAGAAGAAGAAAAGCAUAACCUGCAACUUCAGCACCACUAUGAAAGGGAAAAUAAGAUUGGGGAAGAAACAAAGCACUUGAGACAGCCUUCUCCUGUGGUUCCUGCUCUUCAGAACAAAAUUACAAGCCAACUCCAAAGACCUCCUUCAGUUGACAGCAUCAUAAGUUCCUUCAUUCAUGAAAGUUCAAUGUCCAGGGCACAGUCUCCUCCAGUACCUGCAAGGAAAAAUCAGCUCCGGGCAGAAGAGGAGAAAAAAAAUGUGAUUAUGGAGUUAUCAGAAAUGAGAAAACAGCUUCGCAGUGAAGAAAGGCGUUUACAAGGGCGGUUACUCCACAUGGACAGUGAUGAUGAAAGUUUUAUAAGGAAAAGAGAAAGGAAUCCUGUGGAUAUAUUUGACAUGGCCAGGCAUCGAGUGCAAGCUCCCGUCCGGAGACAGUCACCUAAAGGCUUAGAUGCUGCCACUUUUCAGAAUAUCCAUGACUUUAAUGUGCUGAAAGAUAGGGAUUCAGAAACAAGAGUUGAUUUGAAAUUGAUGUACCCAGAUCCUCCAAGAGAUCAUCACACUUUAGAGAUUCAGCAGCAAGCCCUACUAAGAGAGCAGCAGAAGAGGCUGAACAGAUUGAAAAUGCAGGAAAGUGCUGAGGCUGAUUUAGAUGCCAUCCUAAGUGCUAAAGUACGAGAGCACAGAACGCCCAGAGAAGACACUGAUGAUUUCUUGAAAAAUUCAUUGUUGGAAUCUGAUAGUGCUUUUAUUGGUGCUUAUGGGGAGACAUAUCCUGCCAUAGAAGAUGAUGCCCUCCCUCAACCAUCGCAGAUCCCCUCUGCAAGAGAGCGCAGGAGGAACAAAUUGAAAGGACUGGAGUUUGAUACCAGUUGUCCUAAUAUACCACCAGAUGGCCUUUCUUUAAGAUCUGUCUCCAGUAUAAAUGUUGAUCAGCUUAGAAUGAGAAAUGAGGAACGUAUGCGAAGACUGACUGAACUUCAGAAUAAACCUAUUAACACAGAUGAUGAAAGUUCACUGGUUGACCCUGAUGACAUCAUGAAACAUGUGGGUGAUGAUGGAUCAAACUCUGUAGCAACUGAGCCGUGGCUCCGCCCUGGUACCUCAGAAAGCCUGAAACACUUCAUGGCUGAACAGCUCAACCAGGAGCAGCAGCAGGCUCCUGGAAAGCCAGGCACCUUUACUUGGCAGGGCCUGUCUACUGCCCAUGGUUAAGAGAAAGCUGUACUGGACCCAGUAGUGCCUUUAUGGUGAAAGGAAUGUUAAAUCUGUGCCAUUAAUAUAUUCUACUUUGGGCCCCUACCUGAAAUUAUGGUCCUUCUCUGUAUAAAGUGUAUUUUUCCAUGAUGAUGAUAUAUAUAUAGUAUACAUGAGGCCAUGAUUAUUGAUUUAUAUAAUUGUAUAGAAUUAUUUUUGCACAGUUUUGCCAUGUAUUAGGAUGGUAAUAACCUAUACCAUAUGUGCAUUAAAUUCUGCUUGUCAUUAAGAUAAGAUGAAUAAAAUGUGUCUUAACAAUGUUCUAAAACCAGAAUUAUCUUUAUUAUUUGCACAUUUGCCAUGGUUAUUUUUGUUUCAAAGAAUUUACAUCUGUUGUAGCUGUGACAAUUCCAAUUGUUAUUAAAUGGGCUAUUUUCAUGUCAUUUCUAGGUACUGAUUUAGUAGAAAUGGAGGGAGCUACAAUUAAUUUAUUCCUGUGAACCAUACACUAAAUGUUUUAUCUUUCAGUCUCUUUCAUUUUUAUGCUGAUAGACAAUUAUGUCAACUUACCAAUUUAUAUGAUUUAACGACUUCCUGACAAAUAAAUUAUUUUUAUUACCAAUGUCAA